CCUUUUCUCUCAAGGCAAUUGACCUCACAAUGGUUUCUCUCAAGUUCUCUGCUCUCGCCCCUCUGGCUCUAUGGAUUGUCAGCGUCUUUGCUGCCGCUGAUGCUGCCGAGCCAGUCGACGCCAACCUCGCGGUUGAAGUCAGCGUAGCUUUCCCCGAGGCCGAGAUCUUUGGGAUCAAGCUCGUGAAUGGACGACCGACCAAGGCCCUGCUCGAUUUCACGAACAAUGAACCAGAGCCGGUGCAGGUCGCGUUCAUCGGAGGGGCGCUCCUCAAUCCUAAGCCACUAGCACCUGAACAGCCUCCCUGGACUGCGGUGGUGAGGAACCUGACGAACACGAGAUAUGAUCUCUCAAUUCCGGCCGGCGAGAAGGCGAGCUUGCCGUACAAUUUCGUCACGGAUAUGAACCCGCAGGACUUGACGCUGAACCUUCUCGCCGUGAUUAUCAGUCAAGCGGGAGCAGUUUAUCAGCUCCAGGCGUAUAACGGGACGGUGUCUGUGGUGGAGCCUGCUACGAGUUUCUUCGAUCCUCAAAUCAUCUUCCUGUAUCUCUUCCUCCUUGCCGUUUUCGCAGGAACCAUCUACUUCGUCUACAAGACCUGGAUCGAGACUCUCUUCCCACAAACAAGACGCGGAGGCAAAGGUGGUGAGCGCGCUAAGCGUUCUACUGCUGGAACGAAGGCUGCUGUUAGCCCCAAGGAGGCGUCGGCUACUGGAGCAGCGGCCGCGAGUGGAGCAUCACAGAAGGCAUAUGAUGAGAGCUGGAUUCCGGAGCAUCACAUUAACCGCCCCAAGGCGAGGAGAGUGCAGAGCGGAGGCGCGAAGACGAAGAAUAGGGCCUCUGCAGAGUAGAUG